AUGAGACUAAGGUCGAUGGCAGGCGGACUUCUUUGGCUUUUUGGGGGGAUCCUCAUCGCGGGUGGGCAAUCUGACGACCUACAUUGGAUCAAAUACCCAUCGCCUGGCUCGGAAGGACCAUUACACCAACGACAGCUCACCUCUGAAAACGUCACGUCCUGGCUUGCCACCAACGAUGUCAAUCAGUACGUCUUACGCUUAGACGACGGAGCAUUGAUGCCCGCGUCUCUGGUGGGAGAUAAGGAACGUGCGUGGCAACAGUGGUUCGGGCGAAAAUACCCCGAAGUUGCCAAAUUCCGCGACGACGGCGACUACGUUGACAAAGACGCACUUUUCGCCACCGAAAAUGGAUACGAAAUCCCCGCCGACGGCUUGUUCCACGUUGCACACUGCAUCGCCCUCCUUCGAAGAUACAUCGACUCGACGAAUGCCAAGAGUCAUGUAUGCCCGCGCGAUACGAACUCGUUCCAUGCGGAGCAUUGCCUCGAGGCACUGGAGGAAUUCGCUUUCAAUGAUGGCGUGCCCUUGCCAUAUAACCAUCGUUGGUCCACCGAUGUCUGCUUUACUUGA